AUGGCGGCGAUAUUCUCCAAGGUAUCGGAGCAAUAUGGCGAGUUAGUAAACUUCAUCAUUAGGCCCCCCAGAGACAACUACACCGAUGAGGAGCUGGGGCCCCCUUUGUUUACUAUGGGGGGCCGACAAUACAAGCGAACAGUGUCAGCUCUCCCCGUUCUUCUCCCCCAAAAUAUAACCGUCUUCGCUUUUGAUUUUUCCGGCAGCGGCAGAUCUGAUGGACCCUAUAUUUCACUGGGCUGGUGGGAGCGCGACGACCUGGACACAGUGAUAGAUAUAUAA